AUUUUAAAUUUCCUGGGAAAAAAUCUAAGGACCUGUAAGAGCACUUUAUAGCUCAUUGGGUGUUCGGUGGGGAUCUCGAGGACCACGCCUUAGCACAGGAAACCACGUGGAAAAAGUUUAGAAUUCCUUGGACAAAAUUUAAAGACCUGUAAGGGCACUUUAUAGCGAGUACAAGAACACAAAAACGGUUCACUGAUAGGUUCUUCGCAGCUACAUCCAAUCUGUUGUAAUGGGGGUGCUAUUCUAGGUUGAUCAACAGAUUUUUAACUAAAAAUUCCAAUAUGGGUUUAUUCCAGAUUUAAAAUUUUUUGUCAGCGUGAAUCUUCGGCAACCGUUUCCAACGUUGUGCACCACUGGUUCGGUCGCGGUUUGUAAAAAUCUGAAUUAAAAAUGAAAAUAAAGCGAAGGGGAAAAGAAGAAUAAUGAACGAAACAACCACAUAAAAGGGCCGGAAACUUGUCAUAGCUAAGACACCUGCUCCAUCGUUAAUUUAUACGAUGACGCUGACAGAAUACACUUUUUUCGCUUGCUUCCGCUCGCCUUCGGUCGCUGUGGAAAAUCUGAAGGUGAAGUCAGGGCGAAGCUAGGUAAACCGUUUGAUUUUCUUCUAAGACAGCAUUGGUUUAGCUGUAAACUAACCACAUCGAAUCGUACGCACAGGAUAAAUGCAAAUUUCUACGAGGUCAAGAUAGCUACGGAAAAUCAGAAAAUACAAGAGUACAAUUCGGCAGAUUGAGUCAAAAUACAGUCAGCCUUUAAGAAAAACAACUCCAGCCAACAGAGAAUCAAGAGAGACUUUCCCAGGAAGUUAGCAGUGAUUUAUCAUCCAGAAAUCAUCGAACAAGAGCGCUUAAACUACCGAGAGAAAACAAAAGUAAAUUUAUUUGAUUUGAGAAAGAUUGGAUCGUAUACCAUGUUUUAAGCUUUUAAAAAAUAUUCUGGCUCGAGUGGUCAAAAAUUCUGGUGAUCAGAUGCUUUCAUCAGUUUGAUCCGGUCAGCCUUCUCGCUAACUGAAGUAAAUCCCUUGGCAAUUCUCGCGACGAGUUGUGACAGUCUGAGCGGCGGCCAUAUUGAUUUAUCUGGGUCGAAAAAUCAUAAACUUGGGCGAACAAUUUUUCCUCGAAAUCUUGAAUCGGAAUCUUCUGGCAGAACUGAAAAGCCUUCAACAAAGUGAAAAGGCUUUUAGCAACAUACCUAGGACUUGCGUUAAAGGGAAAAACGCAGUUGGAAUUCCUAGUUUAUAAUAUACUUCAUCCGUAGACUGAGUAAAGAGUCACCAAUAUGUGUUGCAGUUGUCUUUGUAGCUGCAUCCAGAGUUUUCUGUCAAACUGUUGCAAAUGCCUUGGCAAGAGUUGUAUGGCAAUAUGCCGGGGAAUUUGCCGGUGUUUCUGCAACGCCGUUUCUCCUGGUUGUGGUUUUCUUUUGCAAAUCAUCUUUUACGCCAUAUUCCAAGGCUUCAACAUUGGCACAGACGUCGGCGUUUUUUUGGAAACGUCUAAGACGUACGCGCGCUGCGAUGAGCUUUCAACCGGAAUACUUCAACCUCUAAGCAACGACACAAACCUAACGCGUCCCUACUGCGUCGCAACGGAAAACGCAACGCAGGCGUUGCUAGGUGAAAAGGCGGCAACGCUUCAACUCCUAGAGGGUGUUUUCUUUUUCUUCAUAUGCCUCUCUGGAGGGAUCUACGUGAUCCACAUAGUGGUGCUGUUCCCGAACACGUGCAAACACUGGAAGGACGAAAACUUCGAGAACAUGGUCAGCGAGGCUGGUCCUUACUACCAGAAGAUCCUUCAAAUUCACACCUUGUUUCUUUUGCUGGAGACGCUGGUUCACGAUGUACCCAUGUCGUGUCUGGCUGUAGAGCUCUGUGCGCAGAUGUGGGGAGCCGGUGGCAUAAACUGCUGGGACUGCGCCAUGACACCUCAAGAGCUACCUAAAAAUCCCAUGGCGCAGAUCAAUUGUGAGAUGUGGCUGGGACUUCUCCUGGGCUCCAUAGCAAUUGUGAGCAUUUAUAAGGGUAUCUUGCCCCUUUAUGCAUGGAUUGGUAAUCCUUUCUGCUGGGCCUGCUAUCCGCUUCGCGUGUGCGUGGUGCUUCCAGCUGGGUUCCUUUACUGUGUGCUCGCCUUAUCCCCUGCCAUGGGAGUGGCCAUAAAUCGCCUGUUCGAAGUGGCACCCCAGAUGAAGGACGAAAUGGGAACCAUAGCAUCAACCAUCUGGACCUUUGGCUUGUUCUUCUGGGGUAUCAUCUUUUUGCUGACCUUCCUCUAUUGGUAUUUCUGUGGUAAAUGUCUAUGUAUGUUGUGUUGUCCUUGUGAGAGAAAGGAAAAAGCCGAUGGCUCCAAGGAGGGAUGUUUGUGUUGUUAACGAGAUCAAGACGAUGAGAUAUGAAUUGUUUCGUUUCGAAUUGUUUCGAAUUUGUUUAGUUUCUUGAUUGCAACACUAGUUUGUUUACGUUUUGAAAGCUAUUUUAUUUUUUACUCAACAAAUUUUUUUUGAUGGCAUGGUAACUCGAUUAAAAGGGUGGUCCUAUCCAGUCUUUUGUUUCGAAUAGUUAAGUGGAAUCUCAUCAACCCGAAUACUAAGAAUCAGUUUAUUUUCGAGGUUGAGGCUUGAGUAAUCCUUAUUACAACUACUAGAGAUACCGUGACCCAAUUCCACACUCUGAGGGAGUAGUGGCCUUGGCUCACCAAAAGCAAAAGUCGAAGAAAGCGCAGCAGCCAAUCAGAAUAAAGAAAUAUACCACUGAGAUCAUGCCAGUGUUCGGCAUGGGCCUGUUGAAAUUAGAAUAAGUUAUAUUAGUUGUCAUUAUAUUUUCCAUAUAUUUAUGUAUUUUAUAACAUUGCUUCACGUCUUAUUGCGAAAAAAUAAUGCUGAUAUCUGAAGAUUUCAGAACAUUAAACUGUCAUCCUGAGAUUUUCAGUGUUCUGAUAUUCGUGCUGCUAGGAUACAUUAUUAUUAUUUUAUCAUUAUUAUUUUCAUUAUUAUUAUUAUUACUAUUGUUAUUAUCAUUAUUAUUAU